CCACAAUGACCUCACAGUUAUUAUAGUUAGGAAAUAAGGAAUGUCUGGAAACCAGAUGUUGGGAGCACACUGUGGUUUGCUGGAAGCUAUAUCUUCUUGUAACUGUUACAGCAAUACCACUUACUGGAAAAGUCUUAAACCUUGAAGUAUGACUGCUGCUAUGCUUCUGUCCAUCUUCCUCUUUACUUUACCAUGGUACGAGAUAGAGACCUGGGGGCUUAAAAAUGGAAUACUGCACAACUCAAUAUGGCUAGAACAAGCAGCUGGUGUUUAUCACAGAGAGUCACGCAAAGGGAAAUACCAGCUCACCUUGAAAGAAGCUAAAGUGGUCUGUAACUAUGAGGGAGGCACCCUUGCCACAUACAAACAGUUAGAGUCGGCUCAAAGAAUAGGCUUUCACGUGUGUGCAGCUGGAUGGCUUGCUGGAGGAAAGGUUGGAUAUCCAAUAGUAAAACCUGGAGCCAACUGUGGGCAUGGAAAAACUGGUGUCAUUGACUAUGGCUAUCGAGUUAAUAAAUCAGAACUAUGGGAUGUUUACUGCUACAAUCCACAUGCAAAGCAAUGUGGUGGUGUUCUAACAGAUCUUGAGCGGAUUAUCCAGUCACCAAAUUACCCAGAUGAAUAUGAACAUCAACAGAUCUGUUACUGGCAUAUUCGACUGAAGUACAAGCAGCGCAUCCAUUUGCAGUUUCUGGAAUUUGAUGUAGAAGAUGACCCAUCCUGCUUGUCUGACUACCUUGAAGUGUAUGACAGUUAUGAUGACUUGCUAGGCUUUGUUGGCAGAUUUUGUGGAAAUAAAUUACCAAGUGACAUCAUUAGCACAGGCAAUGUUAUGACCCUGAAGUUUUUGUCAGAUUCUUCAGUAACAGCAAAAGGUUUCCAACUUAUUUACAAGGUCAUCAUUCCACCUUCUCCAGCUUCAAGCAAAGAGAUAGAAGACACCACUAGUCAAUGAAAUCACAUUGUUCCUGCAGCAUCCAAGUCAACCUCACUGUUCAAUGAAUUCAGUAAAUUGUAUUGUAAACGAUCAAAGAUAGGGUUGGAAUUGCUUAUACCCAACAACUAUACUCUUACAUAGGAUUUUGGAAUUGAUGCAUCAAACAGAAACUUGAUUUGGAUUUUCUGAACAGUAGAACUCCUUUUAAUUCCUACAUGGUUUCUGUACACGGUUACAACAUAAUUCUAGCUUUUGACAAUAAAAGUUUGCAUGUG